AUGGAUCUUUGUCAGCAGGAACUUGAACGCCUGGUGUUGGAUAAUGAUAAUUGUGAAGGUGAUGGGAAUUCAGACAGUGAUGCCACGAUUGAAGCUCAUCGACCUUUGUCCGUUCGCAGUGACCCGUUCGAUGAGGAAUUGCCCAAAAACUUCAAUCCCAGAAAGCCAGAAUGGUUCUUCAAUCCUCGCCCUGACCCUAGAAAGCCAAUCAGCAUGUUCUGGACUGAUCACAAGGGCUUCUAUGCUAUUCCAUCGCCUGAGCCUGUGUCUGCAGAAUCGAGGGGCCAGCCGAAAGAAAAACUAGGCACGAUGGGUCUGCUAGAGCAGUUGUUUGUGCCGCGCAGGGAAGAGAACACCAGUCUCCCAAAGUGGACCAUUGGGGCACCCCUGCCUAAUUUGUCUCUCCGCAGGGUUUCAGUGGACGCCAACGACCUUUCUCACCUCUCACUUGCUCGCCCACCAACCCCUCCUCGCAGACGUUCUCACUACCAAAGAACCAUGAGCAACAAACCUCUGCCUCCUCUUCCCCGUCCUCGUCGCUUCAUGUCAGUGGGAGAUCAGUCAUUGUUUUCUCGUGCCCGUUCUCAGAGUACACCUGGGGAAUUCACUCUAGGCAUGGGUAACCCUUCUCAGUCUGAUUCGACCACCGAGGGCGAAGUCGAGUCUAUCGUCAAUGCAUAUCAAGAUACCACCACUCCAGCAGCCACCUCCCAAGAGUCCACUGCAAAUGGAGAAAACUCUCGUGAAAACGAACAUCACGUAGCAGGGCCAUACCUUCUUCAUCGUCUUCAUCAGUACCAAGACAACCAAAUGACGGCUAUUGCUCAGAUGGAAGCAGCACUGGCAAAUCCUCACGUGAACCAAUCUCUUCGCAGCAAGUUCCUCAGUUGGUCUCAGCAACUCCUGGACCUCAACUUUCCAUUUCGCGUGAGCGCAAAUCCAGCAUACGGCGAACAGAUCAAGAUCACUGAAAAGGAUGCUCACACCGUUGUCGACUGGGCAAUUAUGGUGGGCACAAAAAUGAACGGGACUCUAGACCAUAUCAUUGAAUGUCUCAAUGCGGGAGAUUUGGUCCAAGCCCAACUUCGCUCUAUGUGCGCUGGAGUUGACAUUUACCGCGAUCCUCCUGUACCGCUUGAAGAGCUGUAUCAUAAGAUGACUGAGGUGGUGCAAAAGAGAUGCCGCUCACCUCGUGCACAUGAGGUCAAUCUUCUAAUUUGCUUUUUACAUCUGUUUGAGCGCCUCCUCUACAAUCCCUUCCAGCUUGUAAUGGAUCGUGUCGUGGUAGUACGUAACGAACGCCCACAUGACCCCAUGCCAAAUCCUCUGAACAUCGCUACCCCCCUCUCUUCGCUCAAGCGUGUACUCGACACAGCUUUUGGUUCGUACAAUGAGUAUACAAGCAUGACGAGACAAAUUCGAGGCGAAUUCUUCGUGCCUAUUGAGAAACGCAUUCCAGGGGUAAGCUCUCGCACUCAGGGUUAUCUCAACAACGUUGUUGGUCCAUCAAAUGUCAUCUAA